AAUUAUUGAGACCUUCCCCUCAAAACUGGUUUAGAUGUUGAUUUUUCCCUAACCUCUGAGGAAUUCCCACUUGCCCUGCAGGUAAAAGGUAAAUAAACGUUCAAAUUCGCCGACGGCUAAAAUAUGUAAGGUAGUACAGGUGUCAUUUUGAAUGCUCUUCAGUGCAUGUUUCCCUUAUAGAGUGAUGGGUGUUUAUUGAAAAUUUAUCUUAUCCUUGAUCGAAAAUGAUUAUAGGUGUGGAGUGAAAAGUUUUCCUCAUAAACAAAUAAACUUUUUAUGUUUCUCUUAAAACAUUGCAAUGGCAAAGAAUAAAGUUAAUGAAGAUUUAGUCAGGGAAAGGAAGAAUGCCUCAUUUAACAUUAAAGAACUCACGAACUUUUUAGAUGGGAGUAAAGAAAAAACAAAUCGUAGAAAAGAAUUGGAACAAUUAUUUUACAAUGAUCCAGAGCUCCAGGAUAAAGUCCCAGUUGAUUACCUUUCUCAUUCUGAAAUAUAUGAUGAUGCCUUACGUAAAUCUCUACACAUUUUUCAUAGAGCCAUGGAGUUGGCAGAUCCACAGGAAAUUUUAUCGAUUGCUGAUGCUAUAUUGCAAGAAGCUUCACCUUUAACAGUCCAUUUUGUCAUGUUCAUACCAACAUUGAUGGGUCUUGCAACAGAAGAUCAACAAGCUAAAUGGCUUCCAGAUGCUUUGGAAAUGAAGAUAAUAGGCACAUAUGCUCAAACAGAACUUGGGCACGGUACUUUCCUUCGUGGACUUGAAACUACCUCUACAUAUGACCCAACAUCUGAGGAAUUUGUUUUAAAUACUCCAACUUUAUCAUCAGUGAAAUGGUGGCCAGGGAGUUUGGGGAAAACUGCUAAUUUUGCAAUUGUGUUAGCUCAACUUUGUACUAAGGGCAAAAGCUAUGGCAUUCAUCCAUUUAUGGUGCAAAUUCGAAGUUUAGACAAUCAUCAGCCACUUUCUGGUAUUACAGUUGGGGAAAUUGGACCUAAAGUAGGCUUCAAAGCAUCAGAUAAUGGAUUUUUAAAAUUGGAUAAUGUCCGAAUCCCAAGGGAAAAUAUGCUCAUGAAAAAUGCUCAGGUGACACCUUCUGGUGAAUAUAUCAAGCCAAAGAGUGACAAACUGAAUUAUGGAACCAUGGUGUUUGUUCGUGUUCUUAUUCUUGAUAUGGUUUCUUACAAUAUAGCCAGAGCAGCCACCAUUGCUAUUCGUUACAGUGCAAUCAGGCGCCAAGCCCAAAUUUUACCGAAUGAGCCAGAAGUUCAGAUAUUGGAUUAUCAAGCUCAGCAAUACAAACUCUUGCCCAUGGUUGCUUUCAGUCAUGCUUGCAAAGCCACAUUUAUUGCUUUAAUGGAUACUUAUAAGACUGCUACACAAAACAUGGAGAAAGGAGAUUUGGCAACAUUACCUGAGUUGCACGCCACAUCAUCUGGGCUAAAAGCCUUAUGCACUGACAAUGGAAGUGCUGCAAUAGAAAUUUGCAGGAGAGCUUGCGGAGGUCAUGGUUAUUUACAAAUCAGUGGUAUACAUAGAAUUUAUGCUGCUACAGUUGCUGCUUGCACAUAUGAAGGAGAGAAUACAGUACUAUACUUACAGACUGCAAGGUACAUUAUGAAGGUUUUAAAAGGCCAACAACCUGUAGCAAGGAAUUCAGUUUUUGGUUACCUUUUAGAAGACAGCAAAAGUAUCCCAUCCAGAUUUGAAUAUCCACCCUCUUUAGAAACUCUUGUUGGUUUUUAUCGUGCUGCUGCUCAAAAAAUGACAAUUAAAGCUGCUGCCAGAGUACAAAAUUUUAUUGAUGCUGGGAAACUACCAGAAAUUGCUUGGAAUCUUAGUCAUGUGGAUUUGAUUUUGUGUGCAAAGGCUCAUGUCCAAUACUAUAUUGUUCAAAAGUACAUGGAUUGGGUUCUAGGCAGUCCUGUUCCAAACAAUUUGAAAGAAGUCUUGAAACAACUUUGUUACUUAUAUAUGUUGCAAAACAUUCAUGAACAAUCUGGCAUUUUUAUGAUGAUUGGGCUAUCUGAAAUUCAACUAUCCAAGAUGCAUGACUACAUGUUGGAAAUGCUAAAUCUUCUUCGACCCAAUGCAGUGGCUUUAGUAGAUGCUUUUGAUUUUCAUGAUCUGGUAUUAAAUAGCCCCUUAGGAUGUUUUGAUGGUAAUGUUUAUGAACGCUUAUAUGAGUUGGCACAAAAAACUCCUAUGAAUCAAAAGCAGGUACAUGAAUCAUACUAUAAAUAUCUACAGCCUGUGAUGAAAUCAAAGCUAUAAAAUUUGUCUUGUAACCC